CGCGGCAAACCGGCAAACACAUAAGAACUAAGAAGAGAGAAACAAAAACCUCGUUCAGUAAGACGUGUUCACAAUAUUUGGAGUAUCAUAUCAAAAUUGUCGGCAAAAAUGGCAGAAAAUAUGGACGAUAUUUGUGAUAUUGAUGCCUUGGCAGACCUAUUGGAUGAAGACAAUGAGUUUCAACCAUCUUCUUCAGCUGCUGCUGCUCCUGAGUCAAGUGAGUCUGAUAUUCUUAAGAAAAAGUUGGAAGACAUGGAGAAACAGAUGGCUAUGCUGAAGGAUCAGCUGAAGCAACAAAAUGAUACCAAACCUACAGUACCUACAUUAAAAGACGUUGGUUUGGAUUUCAAAUCAACACCUGGUAAACAAAUACCUGUAAAACCAGAGGGCUCCAGUUUGGUACACACUCAAGAGUCUGAUAGCUCAGAAGAUGAGGAGGGAAAUCGAACUGUAAACAACUAUAAUGAAUUUGGACAGUUUGUCAAACAACGACUAGCCCACCAACCCACAGUGGACAGGCUCAAGGGCCAAAACUGCCCUGAAGGAUGGAAAUCAAAACAAGGAGCAUUAACAAAACUUAGCGGAGCUUCUGUUAAACCAGUUGUAGCUCCAGUAACUAGUGAUAAUGGAUUCACAGACCCUUUCUUUGGCAUCAAAAUUAUCAAUCCUCUUAUUGGUUCAAGCACUCUUAUGCAAAGAAUGGAAGGCAGGAAGCAAAUCAAAGUAUCACAAAUCAAAACUCACAUGAGAGGUGGAGAUAUCAAAGAUGAUUGGGUCACAAUGGCAGUGGUGAUAUCCAAAAGUGAGCCUAGAACAUCACAAAAGGGUAAAAAAUAUUCCAUCUGGAAGCUGAAUGACUUGAAAGAUUGCACCAAGCAAGUAUCAUUUUUCCUGUUUGGUGAAGUGUUUACUACUCACUGGAAGAUGGCAGUUGGUUCCGUCAUAGGAAUCCUAAACCCAAAUUUCAUGAAAGAAAGCAAUCCGGAAGAGAUAAGUUUUACAGUUGAUCAUCACCAGAAAAUCCUUCAUAUUGGAGGUUCUAAGGAUUUGGGUUGGUGUCGUGCAACUCGUAAAGACGGAAGUAAAUGUACUUCCUUUGUAAAUAAAACGGAAUGUGAAUUUUGCAUCUACCACGUUCAAAAUGAAUUCAAAAAGUCUAGUGCAAAACGAUCGGAAAUCCAAUCACAUUUUUCGGGAACUGGUCUUUCUACAAAGGAUCGACUGAAACAAAAAGUCUUGGGAAAAGAAGAGGUAUUUUAUGGAGGACAAAUAUUUACGGGGAAAGUAGUGGCACCUCCAGCUUCCAAGGCAAAGGAUAACAAAAUAUUGGACAGUCUAAAACUGCAAAGUCAAGCUGCAAGAUUGAAAGAGGAAGAAGAAAAUCUGGCUAGGAAAAAUAUGAAAACUGAAUUUUCCGAACGGUUGUUAAAUCCAACUGCUGGGACCCGAAACUUACUAAAAUGUUUAGAACAGGCAAAGAGCUCGAAAGGAUCUGCACCAAUCUCUUCUCCUACAGCGCAAAUGAAAUCGAUAACAGCCAGAGACUUAAUCCAGCAACAUCAACAGAAACUUCUAGAAAUGAAGGCGAUCCAGACGAAAGCAAGCCAAGCCGCUCUGUCGACUCCCCUGCUUGGUCGAGGACUGGUGCAAAAUCAAAAGGAAAUUGAUCUCUCUGAUGAGGCACGCCUUUCAAAACCUCAUCCGCGAAUGAUGUCGGCCAAAUUAAAAGCGCUGCAACUUGUUAGGCUUAAAGGACAGCUGCAACCAUCCGAUCCUAAUAAUCCCAUUCAGAAACCAACCACGCCAAAAAUGCAGGCCAAAGUAAGAAAGCGCGCUCUUAACACGUCUGAUGAUGAAGAGACGAGGGAAACUGCCGAUGAUGAUCAUGCAGAUCUUCCGAGACCACCAAAAAGAAGUAAAGCCGAGCUAGACGGACUAUUAGAGGCCAAAUCGACGCACGCGAAUUUGAUUGAUGAGUUUGAAGUCCAACAAAGUGAACUCUACUUUAACAAACUGGAAAGAAAGGAGCAAAUGGAGACAAAAAUGCUCGACACUUUUGAAAUUAAAACCACUGCAGUCACUUGUUCAAAAUGCAAUUAUACAGCUUUGUCAGCCUCUGAAUUAUGUCGUCGAGAAGGCCACCCAGUCCGUACAAUCAAAGCGGUAAAGCGAUUUUUCCAAUGUAAGGAUUGUAAACAGAGAACCAUCAGCCUUGAUAGGCUUCCUAAACGUCCCUGCACACACUGUGGUAGCUCGAAUUGGGUCAAGGCAGCAAUGGCUAAGGAACGAAAAGGGCCUACUUUACCUACAGAAGAAUUAUUGAUACGAGGUGAAGAAAGGAAGAAUCUUAAUUGUUGAUUUGCGAAAUGCUGCCGGAACAAAAUUAUCAAUCAUCCACAAUCACAUUUUCAGGAAGUCGAAUCUAAACUGAAAGGCUAUUAGGCUAGUGAUAAUAUUUUUCGUAAUUUUGACAAUCGCGUAACUGUAACAUGCCUUUUUAACAGGUACAAUAAAAUGUUUUAGAAACAAA